CCUCGUCCCUCUUUCUCUCUUUUACAUCUCUCUCAAAACAAAGACCCUGAACACCUGAAUUGCAUUUUGGUGCAAAAAUAUUACAACUCUCUCAUUUCACAAAUUCAAGUUAAAAAACGUUCAAAUUCAAAUUCACAUUCACAUUCACAUUCAAAUUCAUCAUUCGUUGAAACCGAGAGUACCAGAUCUUGAAGCACCCUCUUCUUUCCCAGUUCCAGAGUGGGAAAAGGGGAGAAGAGAUCGCAAUUCUUCGAUUCACAAUCUUCCAAAAAUGUCUCGAAUCUUCGAAUACUUCGUCGUGUGUGGGAUCGGACCGGAGAUUCGAUCCAUUGACGGAACCAAAGGUUACCAAGGCACCGGUUGCAUGUAUUUUCCUUCUCUUCUCGAUCAGUAUCCACCUUCAACUCACUCUCUCUACCCUCCUCCACCUCCUCAACUUCCAACAUGUGUUCUACCGGCUGGUGUUGAGUUCCAUUCGUCAGGAUUUGAUCCAAAUGAUCCUUCCACAUUUCCGCGGAGCUAUCCGAUUGUUUUGACCGAGGGUGAUGGUUCAAAAAUCUAUGUUAGCUGCAUUUCUUUCCGGGAUCCUGUUUGUGAAGAUAUUGCAGAGGCCUACAGGAUACAGGCAAAUUCCUAUGCUGACAAAUGCAUCUGUCUAGUUUCACGCUCGCCAAGUUUCAGUGUGCUAAGGAGUGCCCUAGAGGAACUGUUUGCGCUGUGUUUCUCCCCAAAUGGAAGUAGCAAGCCAUUAUGGGAUAUUAUAGCACAUAUGGUGUCCAAUGUACCUUUGCCAACUCCUGGUAAGGAGCGAGUUCUGUUUGCUAUUGAGAAUUGUCUGCUUUCUGUAGAGGCCCCACCAAACUAUGGACUUCCCCAUGUUGAUAUAUCAUUCCAGCCUCUGGUGCAGUGUUUGGAUGUUGACAACCUAAUAAGACUUUUCACGGCAGUGCUGCUUGAGAGGAGGAUUUUAAUUCGGGCUAACAAGUAUUCACUUCUAACUCUCGCAUCAGAGGCCAUUUGUCACCUAAUAUACCCAUUCCGAUGGCAGCAUGUAUACAUUCCGUUGCUGUUUUACAGUGGAGUAGAUUAUAUUGAUGCUCCUACACCAUAUAUGAUGGGGCUCUAUUCAGGUGUUGAUAUCUCUGCUCUGGCAAUGGACGGUGUAGUUGUUGUGGACCUUGAGUAUAAUCGUAUCACUACAUCAGAGGAAAUUCCACCUAUUCCUGAGCCAGAACUCAGCUUUUUGCGUGGUGAGAUCAUGAACUUAUUACAGCCCAGUGUAAUUGGAAUUGAUCAAAUGAAGGCUGGAAUGUAUAGUAAUAGUGUAUCUGAGCAUUUCCCUAAAUCUGGGGCUAAGCAAUGGGGAGACAAUCAUGACCUGCAGCUAAGGAUGAUAUUCCUAAAGUUCUUUGCAACAUUUUUAAGUGGUUAUCGCAAUUUCCUAGAAAAUAGUGCUACUCAUGUCUUCAACACCCAAGCCUUUUUGAAGAAGCGGUCUCGAUCUACCAACCAACCGUCAGAGCCCAUGAUAGCUCAGUUCCUUGACUCGCAUGGUUUCAUGGAUUAUUUGGAGAGAGGGGUAGGUUUUGAUGAAAACAACAAUAAUGUUCUUGAUAAGCUACAAGAUGCAAUUGGAAGGGGUCAAAACCUUAUGUCAGUUUUUCCUACAUCCUUGGUAGAACCUGAGAUUUUAACAGUAUCAGAUUCUGCUGUUGGAAUAUCAGGAUCUGGUGCCAAAUACACUUAUGAUAGAUUUCCGUCCAACAUCAGAACAGAAGAGCAAGAAGAAAAGAGGAAGCAGAUUCUUGCAACCAUUAGUAAUGCCUUUGAGUACUCAGGAAGACAUGCUCCAAGCAGUAAGGAUCCUUUAGCAGAUAAUCUUAGUCCACUCGAGAGAGCUGCUGAAAGAGAGCUUAUGGUGCUGGACAUUAAGGUUAAGCUGCAGGGUUUAUGGCUGCGGCUUCUUAAACUGGGAGCGACAGAUGAUCCUCUUUCAUCCUUUGAAUAUGGAACAAUACUUGCUUUGAUUGAAUCUGAUGCAGAGGGAAUUGGUGGUAGUGGAUUUGUUGAAUGUAUAAGGGAGCAUAUUCAUUCUGGUUGGCACUGUCAGCUCACCGAAGAACAGUUUAUUGCAGUGAAAGAGCUGCUGAAAACAGCUAUCAAUCGUGCAACAUCGCGUAAUGACCUCUUGACCAUUAGAGAUGCUCUUGAAGUUUCUUCUGAUAUGUAUAAGAAAGACAGUAAUAAUGUGCCGGACUAUGUCCAACGUCAUCUUAUUUCUCUAUCUAUUUGGGAGGAGCUACGUUUUUGGGAAGGAUAUUUUGACUAUUUAAUGGAGCAAUCUUCAAACAAGUCAGCCAACUAUGCAUCUCUGGUGACUGCACAGCUUGUUGUGUUGGCUUCACACAUGGCUGGGCUUGGACUUCCCGAUAAUGAUGCUUGGUACAUGAUCGAAACAAUUGCAGAGAGGAACAGUAUCGGAUCCAAACAAUUUAUAAAAAUUAGAGGAUUCUUGUCUCAUAUCCAACAACUACGUAAUGGAUACUGGGGGUUCACGUCAAUGAAGGCACAAUCGGCGCUAUCACUUGCAUUGCCAUCUCCACAUUCAAAAAAUGCCAAAGAUGAGGACCAGCAACCAACUGAGGCAACUGGUGUUGGUAGAAACUGGGUUCAAAGUAUGUUCAGCAGAAAUACAACAUCUAGGUCCAGCUCAUUUAGUCGCGUUCGUAGAUGGACAUCUGACGGAGGCAAUUCAGCCACAAAUGAGAAUGGGACACCUCGCAAACAAGAUCUAUCAACUGGGGGGCAGAAGAAGCUUCAAACCAAUGUUCGCAUACUUAGGGGUCAUAAUGGUGCCAUCACUGCUCUCCACUGUGUUACAAAGAGAGAAGUGUGGGAUUUGGUGGGUGACCGUGAAGAUGCUGGUUUCUUUAUUAGUGGAAGCACAGACUGCUCAGUUAAGAUAUGGGACCCAAGUCUUCGUGGUUCUGAACUCAGGGCAACUUUAAAAGGGCAUACAAGGACUGUCCGUGCCAUAAGUUCAGAUAGGGGGAAGGUGGUGUCAGGAUCUGAUGAUCAUUCUGUUUUGGUGUGGGAUAAGCAGACAACUCAACUUUUAGAAGAGCUUAAAGGCCAUGAAGGACCGGUCAGCUGUGUACGCACGCUCUCAGGCGAACGUGUGCUAACUGCAUCCCAUGAUGGCACUGUGAAGAUGUGGGAUGUAAGAACUGAUAGAUGUGUUGCAACUGUUGGUCGUUGCUCUAGUGCUGUUUUAUGCAUGGAAUAUGAUGACAAUGUGGGAAUCUUGGCCGCGGCUGGAAGAGACGUGGUUGCCAACAUGUGGGACAUUCGUGCUAGUAAGCAGAUGCAUAAACUUUCAGGACAUACACAAUGGAUAAGGUCACUAAGAAUGGUUGGUGACACUGUUAUUACUGGUAGUGAUGAUUGGACGGCAAGAAUAUGGUCUGUUUCACGAGGAACAUGUGAUGCUGUCCUAGCAUGCCAUGCAGGGCCAAUUUUAUGUGUUGAAUAUUCGUCGUUAGAUAGAGGAAUAAUAACAGGGUCAACGGAUGGCCUGCUGCGAUUUUGGGAAAAUGAUGAUGGAGGUAUAAGGUGUGCGAAAAAUGUAACAGUUCACAACGCUGCCAUAUUAUCAAUUAAUGCUGGGGAGCACUGGUUAGGUAUUGGAGCUGCUGAUAAUUCUCUUUCUCUCUUUCAUCGCCCUCAAGAGAGACUUGGUAGUUUUUCUGGCCCCGGGUCCAAGAUGGCUGGGUGGCAGCUUUAUAGAACACCACAAAAAACAGUUGCCAUGGUAAGAUGUAUCGCAUCAGACCUGGAGAGGAAAAGGAUAUGCAGCGGUGGUCGUAAUGGGCUUCUAAGACUAUGGGAUGCAACCAUCAACAUUUGAAUGAUAUAUGCAUGUUCACGUUUGUAAUAAUGUUAGUGAAAAGCAAGGCACAUAAGGAAGGGUGUGGUUCUCUUCCCUAUUUUUGUUUAUUUCCUGGUGAAGUAUAUAAUGUGCAAGAUAUCUCAUGAGUCUACUAAGCUUGAAACCCAAGUUUGGCUGUGAUAAUCUCUCCCACAAACACUCAUAUUAUUCUGUGGUUAGAGGUUCCUGUAUCCUGAAUGUACAUACUACGACAAAGAACAAUUUUUGUUAGUGUGGAUAAUUAGAUUGUGCACAGGGUUAAUCCCAAUUGAUUUUGCAAUGUAUGUUAUGGUUACUUUUACUUUUGCAUACAGGGAAUUGAUUUUCAAUAUCAAUUUCAGUACGAAUUAGUGAGUGGUAUUAUGUUAUUGUAGAUAAGAUGAUUUCUGUUUGAAAAAUGAAUGUGCAAGUUUUGUACGUUGUUGAUGUUAA